AUGGGCCAGCUUGUCGAGAAGACCAUCUGUGAGAGCCCCGAAGACGUCCUCACGUGCAUGUCCCUGGGACGGAGCUUGAUGUCGUCGCCGUACAGCGACCUCUGUAGCGUCAUCACAUUCCACGGCGGUUCAGCUACGGUCAUCAAUUCAUCGUGUCAAUCUCUCGGCUCUUUCAUAUUCCCUUCCUUGAUCCGUACCAUACCUUCCAUAACUCACACCUGCUUGCUCCUAUGCUUGCCUACCAUCGUGUCACACCCCGAAGGGCUCGAGAGAGAUCUAAAAAGAGCACUGGCCCUGGUCGGGAGACGGCCGUUGGAUGCCGAUCAGGAGCUGGAGGCUCUUAUAGUCGCCUGGGAGACCAAAUAUGGUCUGGACCGGGGUGAGCAGGCUGGCAGAGUUGGAAGGCUGCGAGCUGUUGAGGAGAAGCUCAGUGAUGAAAUUGAUGAGAUAACGGAGCAGUGUGAGAGGCACCGUAGGAGGGUCAGCGUCCUUAGCGACCGACUCAGCGAGGUAGCACAGUUCGGUGUGCUCUCUGGUGGGAGGGACAAGGAUGAAGUCACAAGGCAGGAGUUGGCCGAGAGCCGACAGGCCCGCAAGGAGUUGGCGGCGAAGUUGGACGAGCUGGAGGGGGUCAAGACCGAGAUAGAGGCUGACAGGGACCGUCUGGCGGUUGAGGCAGGGGCGCAGAGACGUGCCAGUGACAAGCUGAGGGAGGAAGUCACCAAGUAUCGACGUUCCUUGGAAGCCAUGCAGCAGCAAAUGGCCAUGGACACAGGGGCUCGAGCAGCUGAGGAGACUAAGCUCAUAGAGGAGCUCGAGAAGGCGAGGGGACAGACUGCCAAGGCCGAGUCAGCCCUAGAGGAGGCCGAAAAAGCGCAUCGCUCCGCUGUAGACCAAGCCGAGGCCCUCAAAGUAGAUCUAAGCACCAGUAGAGGGCGCGUGAUGGACCUCGAGAGCCAGCUAUCAAAACAGUCCUGUAGCUUCCAGAAGACCAUCGAGGAUAUUCGCCGAGAGCACGAGCUGGUCAGGACUGAACUAGAGGCUGAGAUCCAGUUGUUGAGGCGUGAGGUAGAUGAACACAACAGGAGCUUAGUAGCAGCUGCGGACAAGGCAAGUCAGCUGGAGGGCACGGUCCGAAAGCUACGAGAGGAGGGCUCCAAUAUAGUGGAGGAAAACAACCAGUAUCGCCUCCGAGUGGACGGGCUUGUCCAGCGAGUUGCCGAGCUCACUCAGCUCUGGCAGGAAUCGGAGGCCUUAAGGGAGGAUGAAGGCCAGCGGUUGAGGGCCGCGCUGAGGUUAGCGGAUGAGAAGUCCCACGACCUUGACGUGGUCACUGCUGAGGUCAUAGCCCUUCGUAGUGAGAAGAACUCUCUUGUGGAGGAGCUCUCACGCUUGCAUACUGCGGAGGAGGCCUCAGGGGAUGCUGACUUGUCGUCUAAGGAGGACCUGGCUCUAGCAAGGACGGAUGGGAUACCAAUGACGAGUCUAUCGUGGGCUAGUCGAGAUAUCACUAUGGAGCUCGAAGAGGCUCACCAUAGGAUGAAGGCGGAGAUCGUCGAGUUGACUGAGGCGCUAGCAGUCGCUGAAAGGGCGGCUCUCGAGGCGCAAGAACAACAGGCCUUGACCUGUCGACUGCCCUUGGUGCAGCGAGAGUUGCUGGAUAGAAGGACUAAUUGGUGCCAGACGGACAUUGCUGGCUGCAAGCUGAGGCUGCCGGAGCCCUCCAAGAGCUUCGAUGAUUUCAUCAGCCAACAGGUCCGGGUUCUGCACUUAGCCUUCCUGCUCUAUCUAAUGCAGGUUGUCGCUGCAGCGAGUUGCGUAGAGAAAGAGCUCCUAGGUAGGAUCCACUUCCUCGAGACUGCUUCUGAACGGGCCCACAUGAGUAGCGAGGACUAUAAGGAGAGGGCUCGUCGUGCUGAAGCAUCUCGAGUGGAGCUCCUGGGGAACUUACUGGAAGCGGAUGAGAAGGCAGGGCAGCUGCAACGAGAGAUGGAGGAGAGUGUAUAUAAGUUGGCUCUGGUCGAGGGGGAUAACAAGAAGCUCCGCGAUGAAGUGUUCGCUGUUAUCGAACGUCUGAAGACUACUGAGGAGCUUCACAAAGAGGAACUAGCGUGUGGCGCCGAGCAGAUGGUGCGUCCUCCUACUGGAUAG